AUGGAAACUAAUUCAUUAGGCCGAAGCCGACAGACACCGGCAGUAAGGAACCAUAUCAUCUACACCGAUCACAAAGGAAGAAAGAUUCCUUAUGCCGACAAGAUCACCCCAGAACCGAUCCUCAACAACAAUGCGGGUCGAGAUACAAAGGCGGACUCGAUCAGGAACAGUUAUAAUAGCCAAUUCAAAGUUGGCAUUUACGGUUGGCGAAAGAAAUGUCUCUACAUUCUUGUCAUGGCGCUUAUGCUUAUGUUGAUUAUCAAUCUCGCACUGACGCUCUGGGUUCUGAAAGUAUUGGAUUUCAAUUCGGAAGGAAUGGGCCAGCUUCGAAUCGUGCCGGGCGGUUUGCACUUGAUAGGGCAGGCUCUUGUGUUGGACUCGCUAUUUGCAUCUAGUAUAAAGUCUAAGCGUGGACAACCAAUCUCAAUUGAAUCAUCUAGGAAUUUUACUGUGUCGACACGAGAUGCUCUUGGCAUGCUUCAGAGCAGAUUAUUUUUAGGUCAUGAUCGCUUAGAAGUAAACGUAGCUCGAUUGGAAAUACGGGAUUCUCGAGGCACUUUGUUGCUGGGCGCGGGACAUGAUGCGGUGACAAUCGGGGCUGACAACCUCGUCGUUGCUAGCCAUGCUGGGGCUACUUUCAAUUCAGCCAUUCAGGCACCUCUUGUAAAAGCACCACCAUCAAAGCAAUUAAUGCUGGAAUCGCCCACUCGAUCGCUAGAAAUGCAUGCGGCGCAAAGCAUCGCCCUGGAGUCGCGUGCUGGCGACAUCAGUGCCAGCUGUCUAUCCACCUUCCGCCUGCGUUCCAUCGCCGGUUCGAUAAGAUUGGACGCUCCAAGCAUAUAUAUGCCCAAACUAAAGUCAGCGUUACCAUUGCCGGCGGCGGCGCCUCACGGGCACGAUCCGCAUCACCAGAACAUUUACCAGCUUUGUGCUUGCGCAAAUGGAAAACUGUUUCUCGCGCCUCCGCAUGGUAUUUGCGCAGCGAGAGAAGAGAGCUUAAUCUGCCGAUGA